AUGGAGCAUAAGAAAAGAGAGUACAAGCGCCGGGAAGAACGGCAUUUCUGUGUUCAUCAGGAAGACCCGGCGGUGAUUGUGAAACGAUGUGCCCAUUGUGAUGAGGCGAUGAAGGAUGAGCCGGCAUAUUGUGUUGACGGGAAUGUAAGUUUCACACAAAAAACAGAUUCUUCCAAUCUGCUGAAAAAUGGGGAAUUUUCAAACGUUUUUUCAAUAAUAGCUGAAACAUAUACGUGUAAUUUACAAUAGAAAUUCCAGUUGAAAAAAAGGAAAAAGUUCCUUAUUUUGGCCACAACAAAGGUACUCCGCGAACUGCGCCCAUGCUUGGGCACUAAAGCUAGGAAAGAACGCUUCAACCAGCUGGCACUGAAUUACUAUAAUAGCUCUAUAGUUUUAAUGGUACUUACGAAGGCUGUGACGACUCAUUUCGUUCCAUACGGAGUCAAUAAGUUUAGUUCCGGACAUGUUUCAUCGUAUAAAGUGUAAAAUCACAGGCUGCAGCCGUUUUUGAAGGGUAAGGCGGUACGUAAAAAAGAAGGUACCUCGCUAACUAAAUCCACUGUCCGGGCAUUGACAACGAUGAAUUGAGCCUGUACGCUAAAUUUGGGCUAAUUCCGACCAGUUUCCGCAAAGUUAUAAGUUGUGGCCAAAAAAGGAACUUUUACCGAAAAAAAUUUUUUUUGGCAGCCUGCGGAUGACAUUUGAUCCAAUGACAAGUUGUGAUAAGUAUUAGGUUGAUGCAAAAGGAAUUGCGGAUUUUUUAAUUUAUUCGUAUUUUUUUAUAGGAUAGCUCAAUUCAAAAAUGGAAAAAGGUAUAUAGUAGUAAAUUUUAAGGGGAUUUUUUCUGUAUAUGUGCUAUUCUUAUAAAAGUUAUCAAACGUUACCAUAAGUUACCACAAAAGUACCCUAAACAUGUUAGUAUAUUUUAAACCAAUUUUUUUACAUAUUGUUUUGCGGCUUUAUCCAUUUUUGAAAAUAUUUUGAUAAAAUACGUUAUAUUCUAUCAAAAAACAAAAAAAACCCCAUUUUUGGCAAAGCGUUAAAACGCUAUCCCAAAAAUUCAAAUUUCAGCAAAUUUUACAAAUCGUGUCAUAUCUUUUUUUAAUACGUCCAAAAUAAAAAAUUCUUUUUGCUUUCGAUUAGUAACAACAUUUUUAAGAUUUUUGUGACAAAAAACAUCAAAAUCAAAAAAAAUUAUUUUUUUGACAUUUUUUGACCAAAAAAUAAAAUUCAAGAUUUUGAUGUCUUUUUUCACGAAAGCCUUAAAAAUGUUGUUACUAAUCGAAAUCAAAAAGAAUUUUUUAUUUUGGACUUAUUAAAAAAAGAUAUGACACGAUUUGUAAAAUUUGCUGAAAUUUGAAUUUUUGGGAUAGCGUUUUAACGCUUAGCCAAAAAUGGAGGUUUUUUUGUUUUUUGAUAGAAUAUAACGUAUUUUAUCAAAAUAUUUUCAAAAAUGGAUAAAGCCGCAAAAAAAUAUGUAAAAAAAUUGGUUUAAAAUGUACUAACAUGUUUAGGGUACCUUCGUGGUAACUUAUGGUAACGUUUGAUAACUUUUAUAAGAAUAGCGCAUAUACAGAAAAAAUCCUCUAAAAAUUUACUACUAUAUACCUUUUUCCAUUUUUGAAUUGAGCUAUCCUAUAAAAAAAUACGAAUAAAUUAAAAAAUCCGCAAUUCCUUUUGCAUCAACCUAAUAUUUUCCGUUCGUAGUUGCCAAUGACUUUACAUUUCUUGGGGUGGAGGCCCAUCUACUGAACCUUUAUGAUGCAAAUAUAUACAGGAGGUACUUUUUUUGUUAGAUUUUUUUUAAAUUUUGCAAAUUCGCCCAUAAGUCUUAUGAAUAUGAAUUACUGAAAGUUUUAGAUCGCUCCUGGCAACUGCGGCAGAAAUAUUCAGCAAUUUUUGUGGCCGAUCUCACUGUAAUUUCUUUCCAGACCUACCACGCCAAGCAUUUCCUCUGCUGCGCGUGCCGACAGCCAAUCGAGCCGGACCAAACCUUCCAAGUGCUGGAUCGGCAAAGAAUCUGCUGUUCCCCAUGUUUUGCCGGUCAUUAUGCCCCGAAGUGCGUCUCAUGUGGUCGGGGAAUCGUCGACGUUUGUAUCCGAGUCAAUGGAAGGGAAUUGUUUCAUGAUAAAUGCUUUGUUUGCUCAAGGUAAAUCCUAAUUUUGGAAAAAAUUUUGCAGAUUGGCCAUCUUCGGAAAGAAUUAAAAGUCGGUGCGAGCUGCACCCAGGAGAUAGAAGGUUAUUAUCUUUGCGUACGUUAAGUAAAAGGGGCUUGUUGAAGCUUGUUAUGCUGAGCCGGAGCAAACAAGGGAAGUACCCAAAGUGCGACGCUCAGAUUUUGAUGAAACUUCGCACAAAUUUAGAAUAAUUGUUUCUAAGAUAUAUGCGAGAAUCCCAGCUCGAGAGUUGCAGAAACAAGAUCGGAAAUUGGCGAAAAUUUGACACUCUUUACCGAAUUUCGGCACGAAAAGUUGCAUGCCCAUUUCUAUCGUAAAGGGUAAUGCUUCUACAAAAAAUCAAUUUUUUCCGCACAAAACUGGCAAAUUUAUGGCCAAAAAAUGUUUCUUCUCUCUGACCACUCUCCGCGUUUAGUGUACUCUCUCGGCGGCAAAGAUCGUUCAAUAUCUCGGCGGAGCUUGCAAAGCGCGAGCUAAAACUUUCAUGAGUUGAUGCUUGAUCCAUAACCGACGUGUGUGCAAAAUUUAAAGAAAAUCUGAGCGUCGCACUUGGGGUACUCCCCCUGUAAGCUUAUCGGGCCUGACCAUGCCCCCUGCCCAAGUUUCUAUCGUAUAAAUCUCGGCCGCAUGUCGUGCCCUUUUAUUUUCAAAAGACUCAAUUUUUGAGGUUUGGCCAAUCUGCGGAAGUCUCACCAUGGUUUUUGAAUUUAUUGUUAAACUUUUUUCAAAGUUCCUCUUAAUUUUCCAGAUGUAAGCACCCUCUGAACGUCAGCGAAAUCCUCCCAGAUGGCGAUGGCGGCUACAUUGAUCAGGAUUGUUACUGGGCCAAUCGGCUUCUCAAAUUCGUUGCUCUGAAUAAGCAGAAAAUGAGCGGUCAACAUGCCAGUUCUUGA